AUGUCUCGCCCUGCACAUAGAAGACCGGAAUACCAAAAAAUUAACAAAGAUCUCUUUGUCCUCACCUAUGGAGCUUUGGUUGCCCAACUUUGUAAGGAUUAUGAAAAAGAUGAAGAUGUGAACAAAUACUUAGAUAAAAUUGUCUUUCCUUCCUUCAUCCACAGGGGCUAUGGCAUUGGAACACGGCUGAUUGAAGACUUUUUAGCUCGAUCCUGUGUGAGAAGAUGCCAUAGUUAUUCAGAAAUUACGGACAUAAUUGCCCAGGUCGCUUUCAAGAUGUACUUGGGAAUUACACCAAGUGUCACCUGUAACAAUGCAAGCAGAAAUGAGUUUUCCCUGAUUCUAGACAAGAAUCCUCUGGCGGAGUUUGUGGAAGAGCUCCCUGCUGGGCGAUCUUCUUUGUGCUACUGCAAUUUACUCUGUGGGGUUAUCCGAGGUGCCCUGGAAAUGGUUCAUUUGUCUGCUGAUGUUUCAUUCUUACAAGACAGACUAAAAGGUGACAAAGUGACAGAAAUAGGAAUAACAUUUCUGAAAAAGCUAGACGAGAAAAAAUAUAGACGGAAAAAAUGAAGAAUA